CGUCCGACGGCUGAACAAGUCCUGACACUUAAGGGAAGUUGUCCAGCGCCUGGUCUUCCUCAUCCUCAUCCUCGUGCUUUUUUCUUCUUCUUCUUGUUCUUCAUCCUCGUGAAGCGUUGACGGGUCACAGAUGGCGGGCGCCACCCACUUCCUCCGAUUGGCUGUCCUGCUGCUCGGAGCCUCAAUCCUCAUCAGCUGCAUCCCAGCUCAGAGAAUCAGAGUGCGUCGUCAGAACAUGAAGGUGCGGAUCAACGCCACAGGAGACACCAUCAUCAUGACGUUCGUUCGUCCAGGUCCAGAUGUGAAGCUGGAGGGGUACAUCCUGGGCUACGGCAGCAGCAUGUUCUCCAAACAGUUCAUCCAGCUGCCAGAGGGGGGGCGCCACUACCAGACCGAGAUGGACGCUGAACCCAAAUACCUGGUUGCGGUUCAGCCCAUCCCCGUCAACGACGUGAAGAAACACUGCACAGGGAAGGUGAACCUGGAGAAACCGCUACACCUGGUGAUCGGCUCCGUCAGCCCCACGGCGGUGCUCCUGUCCUGGGGAAACUACCUGAAGACCCCCUACGAAGGCAACAUCAUGAACGAGUGUCUGGAGGACGGGUUCUACACCAUCCGAUACAGGGAGCGGAACAGGAAGUGGAUCUACCAGACCUGCCCCACCAGCGACACCGUCAUCGACAACCUCAAACCCAACACGCCGUACGAGUUUGGGGUCCGCUCCAACAAGGACGACCGCAGCGGCACCUGGAGUAAACCUGUCAUCCACAACACCAACAUGGGCAAUAAAAAUGCUCAGAACCUGUACAAGCUACGCAAUCCUCUGGCAAAACCCAUCAAACCUCUGGGUCCUCACGUCCUCUUCCCUCCUCGUCCUGCUCUUCACAACCGGACUCAACCUCGACUCAAUCCUCUGCUAAAGAACCCGGCUUUCCCUGCAGUGCCCAGGACUUCCUUUGCGCCACCCGAGGGCCACCAGGACACUUUGCCCGCCCACGCGUCACUCGACAAAGGAAACGAAAAUGUUAGAACCAACACUGAGCCACCGACGGACCCUCCUCCUCCUCCUCCUCGUUCUACUCCUGCCCUCCCCCAACUCCUGUCCACCAAAGCCCCUCCCACUGACUCCACCCUGUCUAAAUCCCCCACCCCCGGUGACUCGCUUCGGGCCCAGACUCAGCCCAGAGCGCCCUCUAGUGCACCUGAGAAGACCCAUAACCCUGCCGUUUUCAGAAACUCUCAGGAUGCGUCGUCACUACUGACAUCAGCCAAUGAGAAGGCCAAAAUUAACAGCGGGGGUCCAGACAACAAAAGAAAUCUGACCCUGCCGCUACCUUUGCAGCCCUACAACCCCGGUGUAUCCACGGGUCCCAGAUCCAUGAGGCCUACAGCGAGAAACCCCCUCUUUCCUGUCUCUAACGGCUUAAGACCACCCCACUCUUCCUCUAGACUCAGUAACUCGUCCCCGACCUCUGGGAUACUCGGGGUAAACGGACAACCUCAUCGGGGCAUUUCCCCGCCCAAACCAGCCCUUUGGCCCCGGGCUCGACUGGUGAACAACUCCCUGCUGGAGCAGAAGAAGCCCCACCUCCCUGAUGUGUUCAGUCGUUCUGGUUCGACGCUUGAAGAUCAGUUUUAUGGAUCGCCUGCUCGUCCGUCAACGGCGCUCAACAAGAGGCCGAACCUGGUGGGAAAACCAGGAGAAACCGAUAAAGGAAACAACCUGAAGGACACCGACAAGCUGCCGAUUCUCAAAGCCAAAGCUCCGGCGUCGACCCCGAAGCCGAUCAAACUGGAGCGACGACCGACGACGACGACGGCUCCAACCACUGCAGCCCCUCGACAGGAGACCUGGGAGGACUCGGACCUGUUCAAGUCCCAGCCCACGUCCGACAUCGACGCCAUGGGGAAGAAACGCUACGUCGCGCCUCACGUGGUCUACCAGACGGGGAAGAAACCCGACGAGCCCUGCUCCAUCACCUCCUCCCUCAACUACUUCCCUGGGGACGAGCCCGGCGAGGCCAACGUGACGGCGCCGCCCCGGAACCCGCCUUCCAACCUGACGGUGGUGACCGUGGAAGGAUGCCCGUCCUUCAUCAUCCUGGACUGGGAGAAGACCGACAACGACACCACCGAGUACGAGGUCAUCUCGACGGCUAAAGGACCUGACGGAGAACAGGUGUCCAUCCUGACCACCAACCAGACGCACACGGCCGUCGAGAACCUGAAACCGGAGAGCAGCUACGAAUUCAAGGUGAAGCCGAAGAACGACCUGGGUGCAGGUCCUCCCAGUGAACCCGUGUCUUUCAACACUGAGUCAGCGGAUCCACGAGUCAGUGAGAACGUUUCCGGUAAAGACGCCAUCUGGACCCAGUUUCCCUUCAAGACCGACUCGUACUCGGACUGUCACGGAAAACAGUACGUGAAGAGGACCUGGUAUCGCAAGUUUGUGGGAGUCCAGCUCUGCAACUCACUCAGGUACAAGAUCUACCUGAGUGACUCGCUCAACGGUAAAUUCCACAACAUCGGGGAUCAGACGGGCUUUGGUGAGGACCACUGUCAGUUUGUGGAUUCCUUCCUGGACGGACGGACAGGGAGGCAGCUCCGAGCCGACCAGCUCCCCUCUAGACCCGGUUUCUACCGAGCCGUGCGACAGGAACCCGUGCACUUCGGACAGAUCGGAGGACACUCCCACAUCCACUACGUCUCAUGGUACGAGUGUGGAACCCCCAUCCCCGGGAAAUGGUAACAGACUCACGAUGGAGUCGUCUUCAGAGGAUCGGUCACCUGGAAGAGGAUGG